GAUGGUUGGAAGCGCGGUCACACUGUAUCACGUUGAUUGGGAGCAUUUCUCGCCGCGCUCGCUUCAUACUUCUGCGUAAUUUUUUCGAAUUAAUUGAAAAUAUUAAUUUAUAAUACAUAAAAGCAUAAUUUGUCCCUGCACAAGAAAGGCAACAACAAAUCGCAGCCACAGCAGCAAAAGAAUUGAAGCACGGCCUAACCGAAGAACAGCAUGAAAAUGGUGUUGUCGCAGCGGCAGCGCGAGGAGCUUAACCAAGCGAUUGCCGAUUAUCUGGGCUCAAAUGGAUAUGCCGACUCACUGGAAGCCUUUCGCAAGGAGGCCGAUCUCAGCACAGAAGCGGAAAAGAAGUUUGGCGGCCUGCUAGAAAAGAAAUGGACAUCAGUCAUACGAUUGCAAAAGAAGGUUAUGGAACUAGAGGCUAAGCUAACUGAAGCUGAAAAGGAGGUCAUCGAAGGUGCACCCACAAAGAACAAACGCACUCCCGGCGAAUGGAUACCCCGACCUCCAGAGAAAUACUCACUGACAGGGCAUCGUGCAAGCAUAACGAGAGUUAUAUUUCAUCCCAUAUUCGGACUCAUGGUCUCGGCAUCGGAGGAUGCCACUAUAAAGAUAUGGGAUUUCGAAACUGGCGAGUACGAGCGUAGUCUUAAAGGACACACAGACUCUGUGCAGGAUGUGGCAUUCGAUGCACAGGGCAAACUAUUGGCCUCCUGCAGCGCUGAUUUAUCCAUAAAACUAUGGGAUUUCCAACAGAGCUACGAGUGUGUUAAAACUAUGCACGGUCACGAUCAUAAUGUGUCCUCGGUAGCCUUUGUGCCCGCCGGCGAUUAUGUGCUGUCCGCCUCGCGAGAUCGCACCAUCAAAAUGUGGGAAGUGGCCACAGGCUACUGCGUCAAAACCUACACCGGUCAUCGCGAAUGGGUGCGAAUGGUGCGCGUGCACAUAGAAGGCAGCAUUUUUGCCACAUGCUCAAAUGAUCACACAAUACGCGUUUGGUUGACGAAUUCAAAAGACUGUAAGGUUGAAUUACGCGAUCAUGAGCAUACGGUGGAAUGCAUUGCCUGGGCACCGGAAGCAGCCGCAUCAGCAAUCAACGAAGCAGCUGGCGCUGAUAACAAGAAGGGUCAUCAUCAAGGACCUUUCCUGGCAUCUGGCUCACGUGACAAAACCAUUCGUAUUUGGGAUGUAAGCGUUGGACUCUGCUUGCUUACAUUGAACGGGCACGAUAAUUGGGUUCGGGGUUUGGCAUUCCAUCCGGGUGGCAAAUAUUUGGUAUCGGCCAGUGAUGAUAAGACCAUUCGAGUCUGGGACUUGCGCAACAAACGAUGCAUGAAGACGCUCUAUGCGCAUCAACAUUUUUGUACAUCCAUUGAUUUUCACAAAGCCCAUCCAUAUGUCAUUUCCGGCAGUGUGGAUCAAACAGUUAAAGUUUGGGAAUGUCGUUAAGAACUCAGCAAAGAAUUUGCUUAAUUCUCUCAAUUUAAACAUAAUUAAUAAAGCUACAAUAUUUAUAUAUAAAUAUAUAUAUAUAUAUAUAUAUAUACACACAUAUAUAUAUAUAUAUAUAUAUAGAAACAUAUAUGUAUUUAAAUAUGCAAAUCACACCCACACAACACAGUCUCAGCCACCUUUAUUAUCUACAUACAUAUAUAUGCGUUAAUACGUUAUAUAUCAUUUUGUAUGUCUAAAGUUCAAUCCGAAGAAAAGCAACUGUUUGCUAGCAGAUCAAGUGAAGAGAAAACGAAUUAUUUAUUUAAUUUACGGCCUCCUAAUUAACUUACAAUGCUACCAACUAUUUACAAAGUACAUGCAUAUUUAUAUAUAUAUUUAUACAUAUAUACCUUUAUACAUACGAUUACUGUUAAUUUAGAUGCUGUGUAGACCCACGCCUCAGAAAUAUGAAAACAAGAAACGUAAUACAAUCGCCCACAAAGCACGCUCGCUAGCCGACACAACUUAUAAGAUCCGUAGUAAAAUUUCCCUAGAUAUUUUUGAGUCGGAAAACAAUUUGAAGAAAAAUAUAUACAAAGAAAAAAAAACUGAAUAACACCAUUGUAAAAUUUGUCAAGUUCAAAUGUUUAAAUCACUCGCCCAGUAAUAUAGCUAAACUUCA